ACGUGACAUUUGGACAGCGGAAGUGAGGGCGCAGUGUUAACAUUACUGUACUAUUGACAUAUGUGGUUGCUCAUUAACUUCACUGGCUGCCGCUGGUAAUCUGACUAAACAGGAAAAGUGGCAGUUGACAUUCAGGUGAAAAAAAGAGGAGCACCACCUGACGCGGCAGCAUUAACCCGGCGCUGCCAAAAUGUUGUCCGAAGGAGGCUCUUUCCUGAAGGGGAUGAUCAUGGGAGGCCUCUUCUGCUUGGUGCUGUCGCUCAUGGGUAGUUUCAGCCCAUACACAGAGCCUGGGACAGACGAUCAUCAUCAUCAUCACGUCAAGGCCCCGAGUAAAGACGAGCUGACACGCCUCUCCGAGAGUCAAAUGCAUGAGUUGAGCAAUCACGUCCGGGUCUCUUGCGUCAUCAUGGUCCAGCCCAAGAUGCUCAUAUACUGGGCUGCUGCUGUCGCCACCUGGAGCAAACACUGUGAUAAGGCUGAGUUUUACACCUCAGAGUCCUCCAAGGCGCUUGAGGCAGUAGACCUGAAUGAAAAAGAUGACUGGGCAAGGCUACGUAAAGCUCUGAAGCAUGCUUAUGACAACGCUGGAGACAUGCACUGGUUCUUUGUGGCACAAGGCACCACAUUUGCCAUCAUCGAGAACUUAAAAUACCUGGUGCUCACAAAGGAUCCCAGUGAGCCCUUCUACAUGGGCAACGUCAUGAAGUCAGGGGAGCUUGAGUAUGUGGCGUAUGAUAGCGGCAUUGUUCUGAGCUAUGAAGCUCUGAAAAGGUUAGUGCAUGUUUUCCAGGAUCAAGAGAAAUGUCCGGAGAGAGGACGUGCCCUGUGGAAGCUGAGUGAGGACAAGCAGCUGGCUGUGUGCCUCAAAUACACAGGCGUGUUCGCAGAGAACGGAGAAGAUGCACAUGGAAAGGGCCUGUUCAACAGCAAGAACGUGGACAGCCUGAUUUCGGAAAGCAUGAAAGAAAACCCCAAUAAUGUAGUGGAGGGCUGCUGCUCCGACAUGGCAGUUACAUUUAAUGGGUUGUCCCCGACUCAGAUGCAGGUUAUGAUGUUUGGAGUUUACAGACUUCGUCCGUACGGCCACGAUUUUCAUGACUCGUUAGUGUUGCUCCCUCCGCCAGGUUCAGACAAUGACUGAAGACUCAUUCCUUUAAGCUGGAUGGGACAUUUUACAUUGUUUUGCUUCUGUGAUGGCAAAUCUAACUGUGGGGAGCUGGUUUCUUAUGCUGUUUGUAAAACUGGAUCCUGAGUUGGAAUAACACUUUUAUGUAAUUUGUACCUUUUGCACUUGGCACAAUCAGCACCCCAUUCCUGUGGUGUAGGUGAACACAGUCGAUGGGUGUGCCAUUCUUUUAAAGGACAAAGAGUGGGGAGGUCAAAUGUGACUAUGACAUGAGACUAGAUUAUAUGGAUUUUUUGGUUAUUGUAAUAUUCUUAUGUAUCUUAAAUGUUUGUCUUUGUGUUCUUAAAUCUGCAUCAGAGUUAUUAGGUGAUACUGUUUCCUGAAAGUGAAAGUUUACUGAUAUUAUUUAACUGUAAAGUGUGUGACCAUCUUAGACACGACAUGAACAACAACUUUUUUUUUUUUUAGAUAAUUCACCUGACUGAUUUAAAGAGUAAUCAGCCAAUAUCAGUCAAUCAAUAUUGCCAGAAAAAUCAUGGCUUGCACAGCUCGUAAUAAAGUGCAUUUCUUGCAUUAAUCUUGGUUAUGCUUCAGUUAUGAAGAAUUGGCCUUCGCAGCUAAAAUGGAAAAGAAUAUACCAGAAUGUUUACUUGUGUGUUAAAUAUAUUUUCUCUUUCACCCAUUUAAAAAAAUAAAACUUUUUCCACCAGUAUCUCCAGAUCACCCAGGCAUCACACUGACCACAAUUCCUUUAAAAAAAUUAAAAGUGACUUGAAUAAAAAUAAAGUACAUUCCCUUUAAAUUUAAUGUGGUUUUAAAGUGUGAAAUCAUACACACAGAAGAGAGCUGCUAGCUUCCAGGUGUCGGUGGUGUGUACCUUUUUAUCAAGCAAACUGUGAAUUAUUUCUGGUAAAGGGAGGUAUUUGUACAGUUUAACAAAAAACUUUUAUACACAACUGUAAAUGUAUAAUUUUGCAAGCAAACUAUGGCCACCAUUUUCUACUCUGCCUUGAUUAUUGGUAACACUGACAACCACUAUGUUGGUGCAUCUUAACACAUAAUGUAUAUAAAUGUGCUGGGUACGAAAAUAAUAAAAUUGCAGUUCCAAUUGAA